AUGUUCGGCUUCAAGUCCACCCUGACGUCCCUCCUCGUCACCGCUUCCCUUUUCAACACCGGCGCGGUUGCACAGUACCUUUCGAACCCCUAUGUCAAGUACUGCGAUCUGCCCGACAUGGGAGGACCUUGUGUGACGAUCUCGGAGGCCGAGAUCGGGAGGUGCUACAGCAUUCCCUCCAACAUGAACGACAAGCUCAGCAGCUAUGAGGUCAAGAACGGCGAAUGCGAGUUCUACAGGCACGGCGGCUGCGUCGAGAGGCUGUGGACGGCCAGAGACCGCUCUCACAUGAGCGUCACCACCUCGGGCCACAACAAUGAGGUCUCGUCCAUCAAGUGCACCAAGGCCUGCUGCGGCAAGGACUACUUCACCUAUUGCUACAACAUCUGCAUCCCCAGCUGCCGCAGAGGCAGCGUUACCGACCAGCUCUGCAUUGCCAACUGCUCCAAGGACUGCUGCCCUGGUGGUGUUACUUGCUAA